AUGGACAAGCUGAUGCUUCUGUUUUGUCUAGUGUAUUUCACCACAUUAUGUACUACUCCAUUGCUUACUAGUUCACUAACACUGGAAUCCGAUAUUCAAGUUCUUCGUGUAGUGAAGCGUAGUAUAGACCCCAACGCCAUCCCCCCAAGUUCCUAUCUUGGUAGUUGGGACUUCAAGCUCGAUCCCUGCGAAACUACCGGCGGGCAGUUUCUCGGAAUCUUAUGCAGUUUCCCUCUAGACAAGUCCCCAAGCAGAAUCACUGCCAUUGAUCUCGACGGCGCCGGCUAUCAGGGUUUCCUAACAUCUGCAAUCAGUAACCUGACCGAGCUCACUUCCAUCAACCUCAGAAAGAACAACUUCCGAGGACCGAUACCCAAGUCCAUUAGCAAUCUAAAGAAGCUCACCAGACUCUCACUGUCCAACAAUUUCUUCACCGGCGCCGUACCCCUCGGAUUGAACACACUCAGAGAGCUUGAAUAUCUAGACCUUUCGUUCAAUAAGCUUACUGGGACCAUUCAUUCUAGCAUAGGUGGACUAAGAAGCCUGACAUUCUUAAGCUUGUCCAACAAUGGCUUCAGUGGUAGAAUCCCAGACCUAUCAGGACUAUGGCAGCUGAAGACAUUAGAUAUCAGCAGAAACCAGAUCUCUGGAACUCUGCCAAAUUUCCCAGUAAGCUUGAGAACAUUAGUUUUGAGCCAAAACUUGUUCAUAGGCCACCUUACACCUCUAGCCAAACUCAGCAACCUCAAAGUGCUUGAUGUCAGCGGCAACAGACUUUCAGGUGCUAUUACCAAGACUUUCUUUACUCUACCCAAGGUCACCGAACUCAAUCUUUCCAAUAACCACUUCACAACGUUAGAAAUCAUAAGAUCUGAUGGAAAAGAGGAGCUUGAGGUGCUCGAUGUCAAAGGAAACCAGCUGCGAGGGCAUUUGCCUGUCAAUUUGGUAACCCUGCAGAAUCUAACAACAAUCAACCUCUCCUACAACCAGUUCUUUGGUCGCAUCCCCGAUGAGUACGGUGCAAGAGUUGGAGGCUGGAGUGCACUCUACCUGGAUCACAACUUUUUGCUAGGAAAGCUUCCGGCGCAAUUUCUUCAAGGAGCGCAGACAAUCCGGGGUAGUCUUUCAAACAACUGCCUGCGGUGUCCGGAUAACAUUCCGUUGUGCGAAGGCGGCCAAAGGAAAGUAGAAGAAUGUAUCGGGCGGCCAAAGACCAGUGGGUAA